ACAACACACCACAUGACAUCAAUACGACUUUACAAGGCAGUGAAAAUCAACAGAAAGACAAUAAACUAGAGUUUCCUCUUUCUUUGCUCACAAACACGUCAACAUAAACAAAUUUUCUUUCUUUCUUUUUCUAAGCUCAACACUGCGGGAUGUUACUUCUGUCCUAUUUCAGAGAGCCAAGUGGGGAUUUCAUUUUCAUUUCAGUCAACUGGGAUUUUGAUAGAAAAACCCCGAACCAAACCCAAGUGAGGCAGGCUCAUCAUAUUCAUUCAUUUCAUUUCACAAGGUCGAAAACGUUGUUUCUGUGUGUUGUACCAUCAGAAUCUCAGAGAAAUUGGUGAAGUUUCAGAAGCAGCUCCUCUCUGUUUGGAAAUGGCAGGUGGGUCUUUUGCUCCAGCCGGCGUGGCCAAGGAGAGAGCAGAGCAGUACCAAGGCAAGCUCACCGUUUAUGUUAUCGUUGCCUGCAUUGUUGCUGCCGUUGGCGGCUCACUUUUCGGUUAUGAUAUCGGAAUUUCAGGUGGGGUUACCUCAAUGGAUGGAUUUCUUCAUAAAUUCUUCAAAACGGUGUACAAACAAAAAAUGCUUGCACAUGAAAACAACUACUGCAAGUACGACAACCAAGGUCUUGCAGCAUUCACCUCUUCUCUGUAUCUUGCCGGUUUAGUUGCAUCUUUGGUGGCUUCUCCAGUUACAAGAAACUAUGGACGGCGCGGAAGUAUAAUCUGUGGUGGAAUCAGUUUCCUUGUUGGAGCAACUCUAAAUGCUGCAGCUGCCAAUUUGGCCAUGCUUCUCUUGGGUCGGAUCAUGCUUGGUAUUGGUAUCGGAUUUGGAAAUCAGGCUAUUCCACUAUAUCUAUCAGAGAUGGCGCCGACUCAUCUUCGAGGAGGCUUAAACAUGAUGUUUCAGUUGGCAACUACGCUAGGAAUCUUCAUAGCAAACAUGGUAAACUACGGAACACAAAAGCUCAAACCAUGGGGUUGGAGGCUCUCUCUAGGCCUGGCUAUAGUACCUGCUAUGGUAAUGACGGUGGGAGGAAUAUUUCUUCCUGAGACACCAAAUAGCUUAAUUGAACAAGGAAGUAAAGAAGAAGGACGAAAACUUCUGGAGAGAAUCAGAGGAACCGAAAAUGUCAGUGCAGAGUUUCAGGACAUGUUAGAUGCAAGUGAGUUUGCUAGUGCAAUAAAGCACCCUUUCAGAAACAUCCUGAAUAGAAGGAACAGGCCUCAACUGGUUAUGGCAAUCUUCAUGCCAACAUUCCAGAUCCUCACAGGCAUAAAUUCAAUUCUCUUCUAUGCUCCAGUGUUGUUUCAAAGUAUGGGGUUUGGGGGAAAUGCUGCUCUCUACUCCUCUGCUUUAACUGGAGCAGUUCUUGUUUCAUCUACAUUGAUAUCUAUUGCAAUAGUUGACAAGCUCGGUAGAAGAGUUUUGCUCAUUAGUGGUGGAAUAAUGAUGAUUAUAUGCCAGGUCAUAGUCGCCAUAAUCUUGGGGGUCAAGUUAGGUGAGAAUCAAGAGCUAUCAAAAGGAUUCUCAGUAUUGGUGGUGGCAGUGAUUUGCCUCUUCGUGGUAGCUUUCGGAUGGUCAUGGGGUCCGCUCGGCUGGACAGUGCCAAGCGAGAUAUUCCCACUGGAAACCCGAUCAGCCGGACAAAGCAUUACAGUGGCUGUGAACCUUCUGUUCACCUUCAUCAUAGCACAGUCUUUUCUUGCCCUCCUAUGUGCGUUAAAAUUCGGGAUCUUUCUCUUUUUUGCUGGGUGGAUUACUGUGAUGACGGUGUUCGUUUACGUGUUCCUGCCUGAAACCAAGGGAAUUCCUAUUGAAGAGAUGAUACUGAUGUGGAGAAAGCACUGGUUCUGGAAGAGGAUAGUGCCUGAAUAUCCUGAAGUUGAUAGCUCUGUUAGUCGUAGGCCAGACAACUCAACAGUGUGACAUGUUUUAGAGUAGUGGAUAUAAAUGAAGUAAGCACAUGACUACCCUUACAAUUAAGUCAGCAGCAGUAUCAAAUCAAUAUCUAUGCCUUUAUUUACACGAUCUCAGGAUUCUCAGACCCAGAGCAAUCUCUUGUGUUCACUGCAGCAUGCAAGCAAGAAAGAAACCCUUCAAAAAUAAUAAUGUCCAUUUCUUAUUUGAUCACA